CAGGAUUCAUCAAAAGCCCCCGUCAAGCUCGCAAAAGUCAUCAAGGUCCUCGGCCGGACAGGUUCUCGAGGUGGUGUCACCCAGGUCCGGGUAGAAUUCAUGGACGACACGAGCCGGACGAUCAUCCGUAACGUCAAGGGCCCGGUGCGGGAGGAGGAUAUCUUGGCUCUCCUGGAGAGUGAGCGUGAAGCCCGGUACGUCUCCCGCCUAUCUUGGGAAGUCGUGAUACUCACAUACGUUCCGACUACAGCCGUCUGCGCUAGUCUGGUUAUCUCGCUGUUCCCUACAUCAUUCCUGCUGUUGUCUCUGCAUUUGUAUCACUCAGGCUUGUUAUAUGAUUCAUGCUAUGGUAUGAAGUUCUCGCCCGCAGCGUAUCUCGUGCGUCGCCAGCAUGUAUUCUCCGCUUCCGAGGAAGACAGAUAG